GGAGCAGUCAUCCAACUAGCAGGAUUAGGUGAAGCAGAGUGACACCCAGAGCAGGACCUUACACUUGGAGUCUCUCCAUGGACUGAACGGCCGGGAGCUCAGAGUGACUCUCAGCAGCCGCAGCGGGGAAGCCUGGCCCUCUGCAACUGUGCUUUUUCCCCCCUUGCAUCUCAAGCUGAGUCGCCACUAACGGAGGCAUAACUUCACACGCAGAUACACACAUUACACACUGAAGCUAUGGGGACAGUAAGUGAACUUUGCGUGUCCAGCCUUCAGACGUUCUUGUGUCCAGCUGUGAAGGCGCACCAAGAAGCUCAAGUGCCGGACGACCUCACCCCAGAGGAGCAGCAGGAGCUGGAGAAUAUCCGCCGGCGCAAGCAGGAGCUGCAGGAGGACAUUCAGCGGCUGAAGGAUGAGAUAGCAGAAGUGACAAGUGAGAUUGAGAACCUGGGUUCCACUGAGGAGAGGAAAAAUAUGCAGAGGAAUAAACAGGUGGCCAUGGGCCGAAAGAAAUUUAACAUGGACCCCAAAAAGGGGAUCCAGUUCCUGAUUGAGAAUGACUUGUUGAAGAAUACCAGUGAUGACAUUGCUCAGUUCCUCUACAAGGGCGAGGGCCUCAACAAAACCGCCAUUGGAGAUUACCUCGGAGAGAGAGAUGAUUUCAAUAUCCAAGUCCUCCAUGCCUUUGUGGAGCUUCACGAGUUCACAGACCUCAACCUGGUUCAGGCCUUAAGACAGUUCCUGUGGAGUUUUCGGCUACCGGGAGAAGCUCAGAAGAUCGACCGCAUGAUGGAGGCCUUCGCUCAACGCUACUGCCAAUGCAACCCUGGCGUUUUCCAGUCCACAGACACCUGUUACAUCCUGUCAUUUGCCAUCAUCAUGCUAAACACCAGCCUCCACAACCCAAAUGUGAAGGACAAACCUACUGUGGAACGAUUCAUCUCCAUGAACAGAGGAAUCAACGAUGGAGGAGACCUACCUGAAGACUUGCUCAGGAAUCUGUAUGACAGCAUCAAGAAUGAGCCUUUCAAAAUCCCAGAAGAUGACGGCAACGACCUCACACACACUUUCUUCAACCCAGACAGAGAGGGCUGGCUGCUAAAACUGGGAGGGGGACGAGUUAAAACCUGGAAGAGGAGGUGGUUCAUCCUUACAGACAACUGUCUGUACUACUUCGAGUACACCACGGACAAAGAGCCAAGAGGAAUCAUCCCACUGGAGAACCUGAGCAUCAAGGAGGUGGAGGAUAAGAAGCCUAACUGCUUUGAGCUUUUCAUUCCUGACAACAAGGACCAAGUGAUAAAAGCAUGCAAGACUGAGGCUGAUGGACGUGUCGUGGAGGGCAACCACACGUUCUACCGUAUCUCCGCACCCACAGCUGAGGAAAAGGAUGAAUGGAUGAACAGCAUCAAAGCUGCCAUCAGCAGGGACCCCUUUUACGAGAUGCUGGCAGCCAGGAAGAAGAAGGUGUCGUCCAUGAAGAGGCACUAGAGGUGUUCUGCGCUCCAGACGUUGCACUUGACAGAGAAGGGGGGGGGUCCGAGGUGUCUGCUCGCCCUAUCUGGGCCGGUGCAGAGGCCACGGUUGAGGUCUGCCUCAGGCUUCUCCAAGGGAUUUCUCUAGGAUACAUACUAAGUCUGGCUUUGGGACUUUACAGGCCAGAAAAACAGGAAGCAUGCUGGGGUUUCUAGAUAAGUCAGGGCCAAAGCCUCCUCUAACCUCCUGUCUGAAUGUCUCUCAUUCUCUCUCAGCUUUGUGUGUGCUCUCUUUCUAUGAGGCUGAAUGGGAAUCUUGCUGUGUACCUCAGCAAAAGCCCCUUUGAAGAUGCUUUAAAAAAAACCUAUUCCCAUAUACAUUGCACACAUACACAACAUGCAUACACUCAUGAUGCCCCCCCCUCAGCACACAUCGUUUAAACUCAGCAGGUCUGACAGAGUGUGGCACCCCAACCAAACUAUUGUGAAAGAAAAGUUAAGACCUUUUCUGAUGUGCUUUAAUAUGUCGGGGUAAUACGUGUCUAUUUUUACAGCUUUUGUCGAUUCCUAUCGAGUCUUUUGUGUUUGUUUGCUUUUGUAAAAAAAGGUCUUGCAACAGAAACUGCAGGGUGUGGGAGGGAGGGUCUAACUUACCAACUGUUGGUGAUUUUAUAGGAAAAAAAAAAAGGAAAACAAAAAUAUUUCUGUUAAAGAAAACAAACAAAAAAAAUUGCCACUCAGGAGAUUGUUACGAUGUUCUGAAACUUUCCAUGUCGCCGCUGACGUGGAUCCUGUUCACAACACGACAGCCAUGUGAGGAAUGAAAGCCUCAUCUGUGUCCCAGACUGAACUUUUUUAUGUUUUCGUAAAUGUGAAGCUGCAGUGUGGGGGUGGGGUGGGGUGGGGUGGGGUGGGGGGGGGGACACGACAACAACAACGUACUGCUGCACAUGAGGGUGUCUGCAUGUCUGGACAGGGUCUCAGUGUUGUAUCUGGCUCUUACUGUUCAUUUCCUGAAGGUCUUGUAGAGGCACACUGGGCUUCAUUUUGAGGUCUUAAGUUGUCUGGAAAUUAGAGCUGGUGGCCCCCUUUUUUUUUUUCUCUUCCCCUACAUUUUUCUUUUCCUCUUACCAACAUAAGACCACUUUCCAUUACUGUAUCAAAAAAAGAAAUGUAAUUGUUAGUUACUUUCACUGCUGCACAGUGCCUGGCGCUCUAGAUGAAAUGUGAUGAGAAAAGCUGCUGGUUAGCGACAGUAAUUCACAGUUCUCUUCUCCCGGUUGAACAUCUAAUUUUUGUUUCCUGCCUUUUUAAUAUACGUUUUCUCUGUAGUUGGUUACCUAUUUAUUGGUAAAACAAAUUACAAGUCAAUUUCAGCUUUCAGCCCAACCUCAUUGUUGUACAAUACUGUGUGCUUCAGGUUGUUUAUGUAUAAGACAUAAUAUAUGACAUAUUGUUGUAGCGGCUUUCAAGGGGCACAAAUAACCGUGUGGUUCAUCAAAGCUAUGCCUGGAAAAAGAAUGGGUUGUCCCCCGUCUCAGGAUCCAAAGUCUGAUGUGAAACAAUACAAAACUACUAGUUGUAUGAGGAAUGUACCGCGAUGAAGCAAAAGAUGGAGGGGCAGGAUGGCUGAUUGGUCACGCUGCGGCAGUGACAUGUUAUUUUGUCAAAUAGCAAAAACUGCAUUGAGGUACAGUUUUGCAAAUGCAGUCCGAGUUGCGCAUCACGCGGUUGUCUUUUCUACUCUCGUCCACAGUCGUCUCUCUUCUCUUCAUCUGUGCCUGCUGGUCAUUAUCCUCACUGCCUGUUUGUUCUGUUUCCUGGUUCUCAUCCUCUCUGCUCACUAAUCCUAGAGAAAUAAGGAAAAUGCAAAACAAUCAUAAUUCUAGACAGUAUUGGUUUAUUUAUCAAAGUUGUAUAUACUUAAAUGUAUAGUGGGUAUUUUGUCUUCAUUUUUUGUUUCUUAUUAGUUGUGCCAUUUUCUUUUGUUAUUCUGUUUGAUAAUGUUUGAUUUGAGGUUUCUAUCAUUACCAUUUAAUCAAGCUGAAAUAAAGACAUGUUUGUCACAA